AUGUCCUUCUCCAACCUACUGAACGAGGUCACGUACCGCGACCAACGACCGUCGCCCGCGAACACCAACACCACCACUCACACCGACACCCGAUCCCAGAUCUCUCGAGCCCGAUCAUAUGCCUCCACAGCCGCGACCAGCGUCAGCAUAAGCGGCGACAUCUCCUCUCAGCUGCACGGCGGCUACUCACACCCAUUGGCAAGAGCAUGGCAAGCAGAGCGCCAACUCACCAAAUCCAUGCUCAUAUACCCCCUCUUCAUCACCGACAACCCGGAUGAAGAAGAAGCCAUUCCCUCGCUCCCCGGCCAGAAACGCUGGGGCGUCAACAAACUCAUCCCCCUCCUCCAACCCCUCAUCGCCAAAGGCCUCAAGAGCGUGAUCCUCUUCGGCGUCCCUCUUGACCCCAACGCCAAAGACGCCCUCGGAACCGCUGCAGACGAUCCCAAAGGCCCCGUGAUAGCCGCGAUCCGUAUACUGCGCAAAGCCUUCCCUCGCCUCUUCAUCAGCGCCGAUGUCUGUCUCUGCGAGUACACUUCCCACGGCCACUGCGGCAUCCUCCACGACGACGGCACGCUCAACAACCAACUCUCCGUCGACCGCAUCUCGGACGUCGCCAUGGCUUACGCCGAAGCGGGCGCUCAUUGCGUAGCCCCCUCCGACAUGAACGACGGCCGCAUCCGCGCCAUCAAGCUCAAGCUCAUCGAAGGCGGGCUCGCACAUCGCGUGGUGCUAAUGUCCUACGCCGCGAAAUUCUCCGGCUGCCUCUACGGUCCCUUCCGCGACGCAGCGGGCUCACAACCCUCGUUCGGCGACAGGAGGUGCUACCAACUACCCCCCGGCGGCCGCGGCCUCGCCCGACGCGCGAUACACCGAGACAUCGGCGAAGGCGCGGAUAUCAUCAUGGUCAAGCCCGCGACGCAAUUUCUCGACAUCAUCAGCGAUGCGAAGGAGAUUGGGAAGGACCUGCCGAUCGCGGCGUAUCAUGUUAGUGGAGAGUAUGCGAUGAUUCACGCGGCGGCGAAGGCGGGGGUGUUUGAUCUGAAGACGAUGGCCUUUGAGGCGACGGAGGGCAUUUUGAGGGCGGGAGCGAGUAUUGUGGUUAGUUAUUUCACGCCGGAGUUUUUGGACUGGUUGGAGACGUAG